UAUACCUCCACCAAAAGCACCACCACCACCUUCCAUCACCACCAGUUACUUACUAACUCCUAUUUUAUUCUCAACUAAAUACUUCUUCUUCUUCUUCUAAUACACCCAAAACCCCAUCUCUCUCUCUCUCUCUCUCUCUCUCUCUAACAUAGCAUGGAGGAACGACAACAACAACAACAGUGCCAGGUCAUCACUCUCGGAACUAAUAAUCCCCUCCUCCCUGGCCCCUUCGCGCCUCGAUCGGACGAUGAAGACGACGCCGACGCCGGCUGCGCCUAUUCCAGAGCUGUCCUCGUCGUUGACAUGGUUUGGAACCUCUCCUUCGUGGUGGUUGCCGCCGCCGUCAUCCUCUCCACAUUAGGCGAGCAUCCUUCCACUCCUCUCAGACUUUGGCUCUGUGGUUACGCCUUGGAGUGCCUUCUCCACGUCGCUUUUGUUUACUCUGAAUAUCGUUUCACUACUCGUGAUUCCUUCUCUCACACUCCUUACAGCAUUGCAAAGAAGUUAGAGCCUAUGAAUACUUUAGCAUCAUCUGUUUGGUGGGUGUUUGGAUUUUAUUGGAUUGUUGUCGGUGGUCAACCACUUCUCGAAGAUUCUCCUCGUCUCUACUGGUUGACUGUGGUCUUUCUAGCCUUUGACGUAUUUUUUAUUAUCUUUUGCAUUGGGAUGGCAUGUAUAGUUUUCUUCGCUCUCUUAUGCAUCAUCCCAAUAAUAGCAUUAGCUUAUGCUUUAAGAAUCAGGGAAGGUGCUUCAGAAGAUGAUAUCAGGUCACUUCCUAUGUAUAGGUUUAGUCAGUCAAAUGUAAUGGUUAUGAUUGAUGACAACAAGAAGCAACUUGUUAAAGCAAGAACCAAUUCAUACAAUCAAAGUCAUAUCAGUGAACUAUCUCUUCAUCCAGAUGAUUCUGAAUGUUGUAUUUGCCUAUGUCCAUAUGUUGAUGGAACAGAACUGUAUCGGCUUCCCUGUACCCACCAUUUUCAUUCUGCAUGCAUCGGCCGUUGGCUUCGGACUAAAGCAACUUGCCCGCUCUGCAAAUUUAAUAUCCGAAGAGGAGGCGAUACAUUGGUUUGAUAUUCAUCGAUAAAGACUUCCCGGCACUGAGGUGUAGUAUCCGCUUGAAUGGGACAUGAGAGUGGAGAACCAAAACAUUUGCUAAUCUGCUGACUAGUGUUGGUAUAUAAGUAGAAAAAGGAAAUGCCCACCCUUUCAUCUUAGGAUUUUAGUUUUCAUAAAGGUAAUUUAGCUUUUGAAUAUUCUUAAGUUUAUGAUGGGGUAUUUGUAUAUAUUGUAGGCCAGUUGUGAGGGCCUCCCCCAUAAUUUGUACUUAUAAGGUAAUUAUAAAAAGCAAUUUUCUGUACA